GCCGGCGUCCUCUGGGUCUCUAGUAGUUUCCGUGCCGCUGACGCAUGCUUGCGCGCACAGCUGGGCCUGCCGCGUCCUACGCAGCAGCCGCGAGCCGGGCAGCCGGUGCCAGACGGUUCCCGGCGGGGGGCAAGGGCGGGGCGCUCCAAGAGGCCAGGGACUCCCGGCGGAGGAGCCCCAAGGAGGCCCGCCUGACGACUGACGAGUUGCCAUGGCAUCCUACUACGAGAUCCUAGACGUGCCGCGAAGUGCGUCCGCUGAUGACAUCAAAAAGGCGUAUCGGAAGAAGGCUUUACAAUGGCACCCAGACAAGAACCCAGAUAAUAAAGAGUUUGCUGAGAAGAAGUUCAAGGAGGUGGCCGAGGCAUAUGAAGUACUGUCGGACAAGCAUAAGCGUGAGAUCUACGACCACUAUGGCCGGGAAGGGCUGACUGGGGCAGGUACUGGCCCGUGUCGGGCGGAAGCUGCCAGUGGCGGCCCUGGCUUCACCUUCACCUUCCGCAGCCCAGAGGAGGUCUUCCGGGAGUUCUUCGGGAAUGGUGACCCUUUUGCAGAGCUCUUUGACGACCUGGGCCCGUUCUCAGAGCUUCAGAACCGGAGUGCCCGACACUCGGGCCCUUUCUUCACCUUCUCUUCCUCCUUCCCUGGACACUCUGAUUUCUCCUCCUCAUCUUUCUCCUUCAGUCCUGGGGCUGGUGCUUUUCGCUCUGUUUCUACAUCUACCACCUUUGUCCAAGGACGCCGCAUCACGACGCGCAGGAUCAUGGAGAACGGGCAGGAGCGGGUGGAAGUGGAGGAGGACGGGCAGCUGAAGUCUGUCACAAUCAAUGGUAUCCCGGAUGACCUGGCACUGGGCUUGGAGCUGAGCCGUCGCGAGCAGCAACAGUCUGUCACCUCCAGGUCAGGGGCCACACAGGUCCGGCAGACCCCUGUGUCGCGACCCCCUGACAGCGACCUCUCUGAGGAUGACGAGGACCUGCAGCUUGCCAUGGCCUACAGCCUGUCAGAGAUGGAGGCAGCUGGGAAGAAACCAGCAGACACCUGCAGAGAUGCCCUCCCAGCCACCUUUGACAAGCACCUUUCUAUUGCCAAGCAGGGAGGUGUGGCUCCCCACCAACUCUCUCUUCCAUUCCGGGAUGAGCACUUGGCUUCAUCUUCAGUGGCCAAAGGGUCUAUAUUGUAUUUUUCUCAAAGCAAGGAAGCAGCCUGCCCUGAAAGAGGAAUUUCAAGCCUCUAUCUUGAGAGAGAGAAUCUGCUAGAAGUUUGUAAAAUGGCUGUUCUGCCCACUUCCGGCCUUUGAGAUGACAAACCAGUGGUGUUGGACCUCAGCAGAGCACAGGCCUGGUCUGCGAGUCGCUAUCAGAGUUUAGCUACUUUUGCUUAAGGUGUGGCGAGCACUUUGCCUGCAUCACCUCGUUUAGUCCUAACCUCAAUCCUGCUCGACGUACAUUAUUCCUGAGGCCGAAGGACAUGAAGCAGCCGCCCAAGAACUGAGAGGACCAGCAGCAAAGAGGUCAAGCAUGCCUGCGUUCGAAUCCUAACUCCACCACUUAACUAGUUGUGGUACCUCGGGCAAGUUCUGUGCCGCAGUCUCUUCGUCUGUAAGACGGGGCUAAUAAUUGGUAGCGUGUCCUGAAGAUUAAACAAGUUAACGGGUGUAAAGCACCUUGGAGACUGCCAGACACAUAGGGAGCACAGCAUAAAAAAACCACUGCCUAAUUGUUAUUAGCUACCAUUCAAGCCUUGGAGAGCGUGACUCGGCAGCCUGGCUCUCCCAUCACCCUCUCUGCAUCUCCUGAGAAGGGCAGCAGGGCCCGGCUCCAGGCUGAGGCCGGGGCUGGAGUCUGGAAGCAGAGUAGACAGAAAUGCGUAGGAGUCCGGGUUGCAGCUGCACACACGACACACUAACUUUAUUCACAUUGAUACAAAAGUAGAUUUUUCUAGAAAUGUUCUCUUGUGCCAGGGGGA